CCUGCUGAUUUUGUACGUUUGCCCACUGACAAAGAAAUGAUCAGUCUAUAAUUUUAAUGGUAGGUUUAUUUGAACAGUGAGAGACAGAACAACAACAAAAAAAUCAUGUCAAAAAUGUUAUAAUUUGCAUUUUAAUGAGGGAAAAACACUGGGUAGUGGAGGGUAAACUCACCUUUUUUAACACCAAACCGGACAAGCCCGUGCGCAUCGCAAAAUACAUUUACGCAGACACACACCAACGAGCAUAUGCGUUGCCAGGUGCUAAUAGGCUGACCACACCACUCGCGUUGCAAAUUAAUGUAGAAAUCUAUGUUAUUCAAUUAUUGCACCAUACUGCUCGGCGGUCUGCGUUGCCAAGGGCUAAAAAUAGAACUCCUUUCUAUUUCUGAUGCAGAUCGCGGUGCAAGUCCUGCCUUUCCCAUCUCCUCAUUGGUUUAUAGAAGCAGGUACCCAAGUGCCAUCUCCUCAUUGGUUAUACCCACGUGGGUGAUUGAAAGACCAGGUCAGUGGCCGUAAUGCACCUAAUCUAUGAAAGUUGCCAAUUGCAAUAUAAAGUCAAGAGAAGAAAAAGCCUGGAAGGAAGAGAGAUGACUACAAACGAUUCGAUUGACAGAUUUAUGUGUGGAUUCAUUUUCGUAGAGGACCUUGUGCAUUCCAGGUAAAAUAACUCAAUAUGUAUAUCCCAGGACAAAUUAGCAACAGCAAGCUAUCUAUCUAAAUAGGACAAAUUAGCUAGCUAAAUUGCCAUGUUUAAUGCUUUUCGACCUGUCCCCAAAUUAAUAUAAUUGGUUGAGUUUGUUUUGAUAUUUCAACCUGUGUGAUCGCUUUUGGUGUGGGGGACAAAAUCAAUUGGCGCACUUGGGCAUAGCACCCACCUUUUGCAGAAAAUGCAUUGAAAGUAUAGGGAGCGUUCACCGCGACCUGCGAUCAGAGUUUACUUGCCACUUUUUUCCCCCACCACUACAUCACUGAUUAUAACCAUAGUCAGUCUUUCCAGGAUUUCGCAAAAUUUUGGGGAUUUCUGCAGCCAAAAAUGCUUCAUUUUUGCUGCAGCUUUUCUGAAUUUCAUUUAGCGAAAAAAAAAUUCACACGUUAAUUUCACAAAGCAACAAAAGUCACAUGUGAUUUUAAGCAGAAUACAUCAUACAAAAACAAUUAGAAACAUCUAAAGUGCUCAAUUCUGUUUAUUUUCCUGAACAAACAGCUCUGUCAUAAUCCACUCACACACCUCUCCAUCAGGCUUGGGGCUUGCUAUCAACGAGAUGCACCUCCCAUUCCUUCCUCUCUCUCCCUCUUAAAAAACCCCAAAUAGGUUCAAAGCUGAUCAAUCACUUUCAAUUUGAUGAUCGAUAUUUCUUUCAAAUAAGUUGUCUUCAAAAUUCUUGUUUGUGAUUUUUCUUCUGAAAGGGUCGUAAGGGAGAUAAAGAACAGAACACGGAAAAAUAGAGUUGUGGUUGAUUGUUAUUACAUUUCUAAAAAAUCCAGAAAGAUUGUGCCUUCGUGAUCCGUAUUAAGUUUUGGAGUUUAAAACGGCAAUGCUGACAAAUUGCACUCAGCGCUUUGAGCAGCGUUCUCCAUUGACACUGGGGAGAGCAGAGUGCCGACCACUCGUGCGAAGAUGAUGGCUGAUUAUUGAUGGCUGACAGGCAGUACAAUAAACAGAAAUCAAUCUCAUUUGCCAACCAAAAAUAACAGCUAACGACAGUGCGAAACAAUUUCCAAAUGUUUUUGGAAUCUAGAGAAAGUCGACAAUCAACAGUCACUUCAAAUCAGCAAAGCAUAUGAGAAUGUUAGAACAGUUCCCGCUGCAGAUCACCAUGACUGAAGUGGUAGCAGGGAAGACUGGCAAACGCUGAAAGACUCAAGGUGAGUGGCGUUUUACUCAAACUUUUACUCCGCUAACCUUAGCUUUAGUAGAGCGGUCGUUUCGCACUGUCGUUAGCUGUUAUUUUUGUUGGCAAAUGAGAUUGAUUUCUGUUCAUUGUACUGCCUGUCAGCCAUCAAUAAUCAGCCAUCAUCUUCGCACGUGAAUACGCUGACAGGCCAGGGGGAAAAAACUUUGUUGACGUGUAUUUGGAUUGGGCCAUUUUCCACAGUAACAGUGCAGUAAUUGGUCAAAAUUACGAACCCGCUUUUGAUUGAACGCUUUUAUGCGCUGAAAGUGCGGGAAUUUGCUAAAAUUGCGAGCUCUCGCGCAAUAUGCGCGGUUUGGUUGAUUUUUUUGGAUUGAAUUAUGCGUACUCAGAAUCCUGGAGGGACUGCAUAGUAGGCUGUACUGUGUAGGACUGUAGCUCUCCUAAACUGACAACAGAUGGCGCCAGGGUAUGAGAGCACCCAUGUCAGUGAAGGAGGUUCUGGUGGAUAACAACAUGGUGGACUGUGAGAGAGUGGGCACCUCAAACUACUACUGGGCCUUCCCCAGCAAGGCCCUGCACGCCCGCAAGCGCAGGUUGGAGGAGCUGGACAAGCAGCAUACCAAGGAGAAACAAAGGAAGAUGUCUCUGCAGCAGGCUGUCGACAAAUCAAAAGUAGGACGUGAAGAAACCGAGGAGCGGGCCACUCUUCUAAAGGAGCUGCAGGCUCUGAGGGAGAAGAGUAGUCAUCUGAAGGCAAAGCUGGAGAAGUACAGGGAGUGUGACCCGGAAGUGAUCGAGGAGAUGAGAAAGUCCAAUGUCACAGCUAAAGAGGCAGUGUCCAGAUGGACAGAUAACGUCUUUGCCAUCAAGUCGUGGGCCAAGAGGAAGUUUGGUUUCGAUGAUGGACGCAUCGAUAAAGCCUUCGGGAUACCUGAAGACUUUGAUUACAUGGACUGACUACACUAUCUGUAAUUUCUAUUAAUUGUUUUUGUUAAUUGAGUGACAGCCAUUGCACACGUUGCAACACAAGUCAGACAUGUUACUUAAAUCCACUCAGACAAGCCCCUCAAAACAGCCUUAUGCUUUUCGUAGUUGACUUGGGGCAGCUGCCAUUUUGACGCUCGCUCAUGGCCCUCGCAGGUGCAAAUGCUGCUUCUGUGGAACUUGAGAAGGCGCUGUGCUAACCUUUUGGCUGUUUCGUCCGUGGUGGGGGGGCCCUACAUUUGGGACACCUGUUCGCAUGAAAAUCAAGAGCCCAGAGUCGUUCACGGAAAUUAGUUGUGUUCAGCACUCUACACACAGAAAAAGAAGCGGCACAUCAAACUCCCAUGCGAUGUUAAAAAUCUGAUCUUAACUGAUUUAAACAGAUGGAAAUGAAAACAGCCACUCAUGUUGUUUUUGCUCUCCCCCUCUCUCUUUUCGUAAUUUACUUUGACAAAAGAAGCAUCUGCCACUGUGGCACUAGGACUGACUGAAUUGUCCUUAUCUCCUGUUUAAAUUAAGACGGAGAGGGUCGUUGUGGACAAAACGUGCUUGGUGAUUGACAACGCAGUGGCGUGGAGAGCAAUGCAAGGAGCACCGAAACACACACGGAAGCGCCAC